AUGGCGUCUUCGACGUCCACCCUAGAGAUCGAGGCUCGCGACGUGGUGAAGAUAAUGCUGCAGUUCUGCAAGGAAAACUCGCUUCAUCAGACGUUCCAGACCCUGCAGAACGAAUGCCAGGUCUCGCUCAACACGGUGGACAGCAUGGAUACCUUCAUCGCCGACAUUAAUGCUGGGCGCUGGGAUGCCGUGCUGCCGCAGGUUGCCCAGCUGAAGCUGCCGCGCAAGAAGCUUGAGGACCUCUACGAGCAGAUUGUGCUGGAGAUGGCAGAGCUCCGUGAGCUGGACACGGCCCGUGCAAUCCUUCGCCAGACACAGGUGAUGGGGGUCAUGAAACAGGAGGAACCCGAACGAUACCUCCGACUAGAGCACCUCCUUGUCCGGACAUACUCUGACCCGAAUGAGGCUUACCAAGAAUCUACCAAGGAAAAGCGACGUGCGCAGAUUGCCCAAGCAAUUGCUUCUGAAGUUUCAGUAGUCCCACCAGCUCGGCUAAUGGCACUGAUUACCCAGGCUUUGAAAUGGCAACAGCACCAAGGUUUGUUACCCCCUGGCACACAGUUUGAUUUGUUCAGAGGAACCGCUGCAAUGAAGCAAGACGAAGAAGAGGCAUAUCCUACUACUUUGUCACAUCAAAUAAAGUUCGGGAAGAAAACCCACCCUGAGUGUGCUCGAUUCUCACCCGAUGGCCAGUACCUUGUUUCAUGCUCAGUGGAUGGAAUCAUCGAAGUCUGGGAUUAUGUCAGCGGCAAGCUGAAAAAGGAUCUUCAAUAUCAAGCCGAUGAAAGCUUUAUGAUGCACGAGGAUGCUGUGCUCUGUGUUGAUUUUAGUAGAGAUUCUGAGAUGCUGGCAUCUGGAUCACAGGAUGGAAAAAUUAAGGUUUGGCGUAUACGAACUGGCCAGUGCUUGCGACGCCUCGAGCGUUCACACGCGAAAGGUGUUACAAGUGUUACAUUUUCACGUGAUGGAACUCAGAUACUGAGUACCUCUUUUGACACUACUGCGAGAAUCCAUGGCCUUAAGUCUGGGAAGAUGCUAAAAGAAUUUCGCGGUCACGACUCCUACGUGAACUAUGCCAUCUUUUCUAGUGAUGGCACCCGUGUUAUCACAGCUUCCAGUGACUGUACUGUUAAGGUAUGGGAUGCGAAAACAGCAGACUGUUUGCAAUCAUUCAAGCCUCCUCCUCUGAGGGGAGGAGAUGCAUCUGUCAACUCUGUCCAUUUGUUUCCAAAGAAUAGUGAUCACAUUGUUGUCUGCAAUAAGACUUCGUCAAUAUACAUCAUGACUUUACAAGGACAGGUUGUAAAGAGUUUCUCAUCUGGUAAACGGGAAGGAGGAGAUUUUGUUGCAGCUUCAGUUUCACCAAAAGGAGAAUGGAUAUAUUGUGUUGGUGAAGACAUGAAUAUGUAUUGCUUUAGUCAUCAGUCCGGUAAACUUGAGCAUCUAAUGAAGGUCCAUGACAAGGAUGUGAUUGGCAUUACUCACCACCCUCACAGGAACUUGGUUGCCACCUAUGCCGAAGAUUGGUAUGAUGAAGAUAUGGAAGCCUUAAUUACAUUCAUUCAUUUCCAGUUUUAUUAA